UCGAUUUACGCAGCGCCACAAAAAGUCGAACACACAUGGAUGUGGUGGUGUGAUUUUGAAAAUGACAGUAAUUGCGUCUUGCAUGUUCUUAUAUCCAUAGUGAAAUUGAAAUGCUAUUAAUGAACACGUUAAAUGACUCUGAUCAGUUCCGCGUGUCUGUUGCUGCGAUCAGUUUCACGCUAUGUACAUCAGGCGAAACAUAAAAGCCCAUGUAUUCUUUCAACAUCACGUCUUUACACUGGGGGAACUUCAAAGACAGCAGAGCAGUCCAAAGCCCAACUUAGAAAAUUCAAAGAUGAAGAGAAGCUUUUUAAAAGAAGAUUGCUAUCAUUACAUCAGAGGUUUGCUGAUGUACCUGAGAAAACAACAUUUCAGGGAAAAAAUCACAUAUACUUUGAAGAUGGCAAAGGAAUCUACAGAUCAGCCCUGGGACAUGGUGAUGAGGAGAUGGUGGAGAUCUUCUCUGCUGAUUGGGGAGGAGAUGUAUAUGGAACGAUCCAGAAGAUCAGACUGUCUCCAUCAGAGAGCAUUAUGGCAGCCACUGUGAAGAAAGACCAUCACGAGGAGACCAGAUGUGUGUUGGUUCAUCUAGGGGGAAUUUCCCUUUCUCAGAAAGUCCUGCUGGUUUUAGACAAUGUUAUUAGUUUUGAAUGGGCCACAGAUGAUGUCCUGUUCUACAGCACACAGGAGACUCUUAAAAGCCUGCAUGUUUUUCGUCUUCAUCUCAGUGAUACCGGUGUCCAGACUGACCUUGUUUAUGAAGAGAAAGAUCCAGAGUUCUUUGUGGAAGUCAGUCAUACCAGAGACCAGAGACUGGUCACAAUAAACUGUAACAGUAAGAGUAGUUCUGAAGUCUGGUUUAUUGACAGCAAGGCUCCAUUCUUGUCGCCCACCCUCAUUCAGUCCCGUCAGCCUGGUCUACUGUAUUUCGUGGAGCACUCGGAUGACCAUCUGUUUAUCCUUGCUAACACUGGAAAAGGACAGGAGUAUCAGGUCCUCAGGGCACCUGUAGCUUCUCCGUCCAUGCCACACUGGGUGCCGUUGUUCAGGCCUGUUCCAGGAACAGUCAUUAAAGAUAUGGAGCUGCUUCAGGAUCACUGUGUGUUCACACUGAAAGAUUCACAAUGUGGACUUCAGAUUCAGAUUCUUUCCUUAAAAGAGCCCUAUGAAUUAAAAGCUCUGCAGCUUCCUCAGUGGGCAUGUGAUCUAUCGCCAGAGCGUGUAGGGAUUUUGGAUGAAGGGUCAUUUGGUUUCCUCCUCUCCUCUCCAGUGCACCCACCCUUACGCUACCUCUGCUCCCCCAAGGCACAGCGGCUCUACGUAACAGAGGACAACACCCAGUAUAUCCCCCUUUCUGAAUAUAACACAACACGCCUGCAGGCGACCAGCCAGGAUGGAACAAUGGUGCCGUUGACUCUUUUUCACAUGCCUGCAUUAACUGAUCUGAGUAAAGCUCCAGUGCUUUUGCAUGUAUAUGGAGCUUAUGGUAUAGACCUCAACAUGACCUUUAGUCCUGAGAAGAGACUGCUGCUGGAGGAUGGCUGGGCUCUGGCCUACUGCCACGUAAGGGGCGGUGGUGAAUGUGGUCUAGCUUGGCACAGGUCAGGUUCUUUGCUGCAAAAGCAAAGGGGAGUGGAAGAUCUUGCAUCUUGCAUUCAGACUCUUCAUCGCUUGGGAGUGUCUCAGCCCACUUUGACUGCCCUUACUGCUCGCAGCGCCGGAGCCGUCUUAGCGGGGGCAUUGUGCAACCAAAACUCGCAGCUUCUCAGAGCUGUUAUUCUACAGGCACCUUUUCUAGAUGUACUGGGCACUAUGCAAGACCCUUCUCUUCCACUUACUAUAGAGGAAAGGGGAGAGUGGGGAGACCCCCUUUUAAGCCCAGAGCACAGGGACAACAUUGCCUCUUACUGCCCCUGUCACAACAUCACACCUCAGCUUUACCCAUCCAUGCUGAUCACAGCAUACUCAGAGGAUCGCAGAGUUCCAUUAUCAGGGGUUAUGAAUUAUGUGGAAAGACUGAAGAAAGCCAUUAAUGUGUAUACUUCUGGAGCCGGCGCUAACAGAAAGGAAAGCACUGAUCUGGAAACAGCACAUGUUCCUGUUGUCAUUCUGGACAUCCAGUCAGGCGCUGAUCACUUUGGACCUGAGGAUUUUUACCUAUCCUUAAAUGAGACUGCCCGACAGUUAGCCUUCCUGUACAGAGAACUCCGACUCAACCACCAAAAAACAGAGACAAACAGGAAGGUGACACGCAACUCCCAUUAACCCCAAAACUGAAACAGAGUGUUAUUGUGAAACAACCUGAUCAAGUUUUUUAUUUUUAUAUAAACCAAACAUUGAUUUUGUUACAUAGAUGUUUGAAAUCUUCAAAUAAACUGACGAAUAAAAACUCA